AUGAAUAAGAUAGCUUUCUGGUUCAUCAUAGUUUCCUUAAUUGUGGCCGUUGCCGCCUUUUCAGUCUAUGAAGAAGAAUUUAACAACAAAGACAUUGAUGCUGAUUUUGAAGAAGGAACAGGAGAAACGGAAAGAAAAGGAAAAAUAUUAUUCCCCUUCGUAAGUAUUGUUCGCUUUGCAAACACUGACUGUGCGAGCACUAACACUAUGAAUGGCACUUGUUUGGCGCGAAGAGAGUGCAAUAACCUAAACGGGACUAUCACAGGCGUAUGCGCUUCUAGAAGAGGAAGAUGCUGUAUUGUUUCUAGAACUUGUGGAACCACAACCAAUGUCAACAAUACAUAUUUUAAUAGCCCUGGGUAUCCAGGGGCGUUCUCUGGCGGUCAGACAUGUACACUAAUUGUUAAUCGCUGUAACUCAAAUAUUUGUCAGCUUCGCAUAGACUUUUUAGAUAUGGUGCUCGCCCAACCUGACGGCGAUGGAGUGUGUUCCACUGACUCCAUCACCAUAACCGGAGGAAACACCAUAGUGCCUACUAUAUGCGGCGACAACACAGGUCAAACCAUAUUCGUGGACUUCAAUGGAAACGCCGCAAUUACCAUUACUGUUACGGCUUCGUUAGCGACAACAUUUUCGAGGAGAUGGAGCUUAAAGCUUAUACAGCUCGGAUGUGACUGUCCGGGCAUAGCUCCAAAUGGUUGCCUGCAGUAUUACACUGGAACAUCGGGCACAAUCAAUAGCUUUAACUACGGGUCGACAGCAAACACGGCCCUUAGUUCAUCUCUCGUCACUGGCACGCGGCAAAUAGUUAACUUGGACUAUGGUAUAUGCAUCCGAAUGGAGGCAGGAUACUGUGGAAUACAAUAUUCUCAGACAUCCAACGAUGUAUAUUCGUUCACGGUUUCCGGCGACGUGGAGGGUGCCGACAACACAGUUCUCGGCACGACGGUAGGCGCUGUCAACGGCGCAGCUUGCACCACCGAUUUCGUAGUGAUCCCCAACCCGACAGUUGUGUCGACCGGUGUGUCCGCCGGCACCGACCGUUUCUGCGGCAUCGGAUUCGUUCCAGUAUCGACUGGGGCGAAGCCGUUCGUGCUAUACGUUGUGACAAACGCCAACGAGGGCGCAACCACCACGACACCGCCGGACGUCGCCAACAGAGGCUUCUCAUUAGCAUAUUCCCAAAUUGCCUGU